UUCAAAGCAUUUUGAGCAAUCUUAAGUGUUCCUUUGUGGCAGCAUCUGUAUAAAUGUUGUGAUAUUCAGGAGUAAGUAACAGCUGAUUAAGAUGAAGACUGCUCAUACAUGGGGGCUGCAUUGAAAUUAACCACUCAUGGGGGACAACAUCAAAAUUCAAGUAAUUGAGGGUGUUAAAUUUUAUUUUGUGCUUGGUAUCAGUGUUAACUUCUGUCAGAAUUUUAACUAACCUCGCGUGCUUAGUAUGUGUGUUCAAUUCAACUGAUCCCAGAAUUCAUCAAAUCUCUCUCGCAUCAGUUCACUUCUUAAAUUAACCUAUUUUAUCUUCCUGAAAGUGAAAGAAUUGAUCAUUUUUUACAAGUCAUUAAGGUCAUCAAUCGAUCAAUUUUGUCUUUGCCUCCUCAUCUGAAUUUUCAAUAAUUUCUCCUUACCUAGACUGCAAGAAUGAUUUCAUGUGAACCAGUACCAGUCAGCGAUAAAUUUUCUGAGACAGUGAAUACUUCCACAACCAACAGUAGUUUUCAAUCCUGUCUUGAUUCUGCCGAAUGGUUUAACGUUGAUGCUCUAAAACCAGUCCAUGAUCAAAAACAGCUUCAUGCAGUUGCAGAAAAUUUGAAGAAGCUGUGCACAUGUUACAAAAAAACUGAACAUAAGAACCGUGAGCACAAAGAGCUUAUUGCAACGGUGCUUCGGGAUUUUGACAAAUUUUCUGAAAAACUCGCAACUGUAAAUGCAAAAAAAAUUAAACCUAAAGAAACUUUGGCCGAAAACAGAAGAUUCGCAGCUCCCACUAGAAAUUCAAGGUAUAAAUUGAUUCAGAAGAAUUGUCAUAAGAAAAAAAACCCUCCCCGCUUACAUGUGAAAGCUAAAGCGCUUGAAGAUUCACUGACAGAAAAGAUGGAGAAAUACUUGAUCAAGAAUCUAAAAAUGAAAGAUGAUCCAGAAAAAGUAGUGUCAAAAGGGAAAGAAGAUCAAUAUUGCCACAGGAUGGUUGGGGACCUAAUUGGAGACAGUGACAAUAAAAGCUUUAACCCGCCUUUCCCAGACACAAUUGUACCUAAGAUAAAAGAUCUAGAGAGGAUAUUUAAUACACUCAAAAAGUCAGUCGAGACAAAUUCAGCAACAAUAAAUAGUGAAGAGACCAUUCCAUUAGAAAUUGAUGCAAAGACUGUUGAGACUAUAAGCAGUUUAAUUAGCUACACUAUUUUAAAAAUUUCGAAAAAAAAGCUGAGGGAAGAUUUUGAGAGGAUCCAAAAGGAAAUCGAUGCAAUUGACAGCAACUGGAAACUGGAUGCUUCCUCUAAAAGGGAGAAUUUUCAGGAAAGUCGGUGUGAGGCUAAUAUAAUAAAAACCGUGACAGACCAAAUAGAAAAUAUUCAGAAUCAAGUCGAGCAAAUAUCACAGACGAGCAAACUCUUAAAUGAUGAAAUGUUACGACAAAAGGAAAAUAUUAUUAACCUAGAUGGGAGAAUAAAUGAAAUCACUUCACCUAAAAAAAUAUUUGAUUUUGAAGCUUUAAAAAAAGAAGAAUGGUUUCUCUCUGGUGACCAGUGUCAUGGAAAUCCUGAUUUUUGGAUAGCAAAACUAUUGAGAAACAUUGAAACUUUGGCCCAUCAAUUGAAGAAUGAGAAAAAAUUUCAAGUUGACAGAGGAAUCGAAGUUAAGGAAUCGAUGGAGGAGGAUUUUAAAGAAAGCAUUAAUAGCAUAAAACAGGACACCAGGCAUCAAAAAAAUAUGCUUUCACCCAUGAAUAAUAUUGUUGACACUGAAUUUCCCCCGGAAAACAUACGUUAUAAACAGCAUAGAUCCAAUAUUCAUCCUCCGAGCAAUAAUUUGAUGUGUUCCUCGGAGAUCAAGAAAAUUGCUGGUCAAAAAAGCUCUGCCAUAAGGAGGAUGAAAAGGUAUGAUUACUAUCCAAAAACUGACGAUAGUUCAAGAGUUGGCUCAACGAAACAGCUUAAUUUACGUAGAUCCGCCAAAAUGGAGACGUCAUCACUGAGGAGGCCCAUGAAAUUUUUGAACACUUCAAACAAUAAGCACCGCCAUGAGGACAAAUCAGAAAGAGGAGAUUCUCCCCAAACUGAAUCUUUUUCUCCCUUACUUGCUCAUUUGUUUGCUGCUGAUCCUGAUUUUAUAACUGACUUAAUAGGAAAAGAAGUAGAGAAACGAAUCCCAGAGCUAAUUAGGAUAAAUAAAAUUCCAAAAUUGUUAGAUGAGAUAGCUUUUCAGGCUAUUAAAAAGUACCAUAACGCUUCUGCUGAAAUACCUUUUACAGUGACUAGAGGAAAGCUAACACAUCAAACCCCACGAGUUAACAUUCGAUACCUUGAGAUCAAGAAAAAAAGUUCCCUUACCCGAAAGAAUAUUUUCAAUUAUUCUCAUGAAGUCAAUGAAAACAAGCUCCAAGAUAACCAGUUUCGAAAAAGAGCGAGCAGUGAUGAUUUAAGGAUGGGAAGAGGAGCGAGCAAAGGUGAUUCACAGAAGAGAACAUUUGAAAAUCAGCCCUUCAGGAAAAGUGAAAAUUCAAGCUCUAAGGGAAUAGAUCAGACGAGAGCACAGGAUAAACUCUCUUACCCGAAUUUGCACUGGAAAAAGGAAAAUUUGGAGCUUUACUCCGAGGAAUUUCUAGCUGCCAUUAAGCGGUCUUUUGUGGAAAUAAUAUCACACGAAAUAAAAAAAUCCAUCACGGAGUUGGUGAGGAAAGAAACUUCACCAGGAAAUGAAAAAGAUCCUGUCGGGCUCAAAGAUACUUCUGCCACUAGCUUGAAACCAUUGUGGGGAUCUACAUCUCGAGAGUUAAUAAAGAAUGAACCUGCAUCAGCACUAUCGAUUGUCACGACAGGUAAACUUCAGAGCUCAUACAAUAUUGCAUCUAAAACAGACUUAACCUCGCAAAUUACUCUUGACUGUGUUCAACAGUUUGUUGAUGCAGUUAAGACUAUGAAGAUCCAAAAAAAUCCUCUACUAGACAACGAGAAAAUCAGCAUUGACAUGAAAGAGGAAAGCAGACAAAAAUUAAAACCUGCUGAUCGUCCAGCAGAAAAUUCCAGACAAGGAUCCAACAUACAGCCAAACCUUUUUGUUCCUCUACCAGGCAUUCAUAUACUCGACAGCUUUUUGAGCGGCCAAGUUCUAGGUUCGAGCUCAUUGCCUACUGAAGAAAAGAAAAUUUCCGCCGAAGGAGAAUCUAACUGUUGCGAGUGCAUAACAGGGCAAAACUGCCCACAGACUCUUUCAAUGAAAAAAACUGACAGUAAAAAUUGCUCUGACACUUCGACCUGCAAAUGUUCCUCGGAAUUUUCAAAUUCUAGCUGCGAUUAGGAUUUCAAAAGGUCAGUGAGAAAAGCUUGUUAUUUACAAGGACGACCUUUUGGAUUAUAUGUAUUUCAAAUUUAAUUCUAUUUUUAUUUUCACAGAAUUCACAACUUUUUCUCGUGCAUCACACGAGUUAUAGCACCGGCAUGAUAGGGCGUAUUUAUGCUGAAAGGAAUUAUUUUGCAGACAAACCCUAUGCUCAUAGUCUCUCUUAGCAUAAAAACGUCUAAUUAAAGGGUGUAUCAGUGAUGUCACUUCAGGUCCAAUACUUUUGAAGACCAUUAAAAAUACCUGGAAGUAAUCUAUGUUUGAGGCUAUCAGCAAUUGAACGUAGAAAAUGCCCAAUUUUUGAGUUGUACUGUUGAAGGAAAAAUGCUUAACAAUGAUGAAUUAUACUUUAUUGAAUUUUCACAGCUCACUCUCAAGUAAUACAUUGUACGGGUUCUUCUCUCUCUGUAUCUUUUAAUUUCUUUUCAUUACUUUACAUUUAUUAAAUUCCUUUAUAUUUCUUCUUUCAUCCUUCUUUACAUUUCUUAAAUUACUUUACAUCAUUCUACAUGUGUUCAAAUAUAGGCUUCAAUCAUCGAUAAAUGCUGGAUAAUUCAUUAGUGCAU